UCACUUUCAACUUCGUAAGAUUCUGUUUAUUUCGUAAACUCACUAGGCUUAUUUUACUGUCGAUAUUUAAAAUUGCGAUUGGUUUUGGCAAGUACGUCGCUUUUAUGACGUCAAGCUUACACAAAUCGAGACCUCUCUCUGCACCGCUCAGCCUUACCACCAGGAAAGGUUUGUAAAUCGACAACGGUGCUCCUCCUACCCCACAAAUAGAUCAGAAACGAGUCGCACAAAAAAAACAAACUGAUUGGAUUAGACAGAUUAUCACACAUGUAAAACAAUGCAGAAAACUUUCAAUCCACCAACAUGAUUUUAUACCACUACAGCAAAAACACUGGUCGUACUUUGCCAAUGAAAAUUAAUUUAUGAAGAAGAAAUCUACCACAAUCCCAAGGAAACUUAUCACGAUGUAGUUGCGCCCAAAACGCCAGCAAAACGGGAUACUGGGAGAAACAAUGGUAAUAAACUAUCGCAGAAGUUUUGGAAAAUCUUUGCUGGCCUUGUUCUUAUGUUGGUUCUUAUUGUGGCAAUUGUUGGACUUUACUACAUUGCUAGAAGCAAUGAAAAGACAGGAGAAUACGGCUCAUCAACAAAUCCAGCUACAUCAUGUUGGGAUCUAAAGAACUCUGAUGUUUCUAGUGAUGGUUAUUACUUUAUACAACCUGCUACUACCAGUGUCCCAAUUCAGGUUUAUUGUGACAUGACAACAUCUGGUGGUGGUUGGACAUUAGUAGCAUCUAUCCAUGAGAAUGAUAUCAAUGGGAAGUGCACAGCUGGAGAUAUGUGGUUCAGUAAUAACCUGGUACAGCAUUCACAAUUUUCAAGAAACUGGGAAAACACAAACAUAUUUGGAAAUGUAAAAGAAGCAACUUCGGCUGAUUAUAAAAACAUUGGUUACUCAUCCCUAAAGGCAUCUAACUUGAUGUUACGUCAUGUACCAAACAAAACACCUUUGGACAAAUCAAAAUCCUUAGCAAGCUUGCAAUAUCACACAACUAACAACUUCCUGAACAAACAUGGUGGGAAUCUAUUUACAACCUACUCAAGGCAUUAUCCAAUGAAUCCGAAAACAACAGUUUACACACAUGCGCCCAACAUUGGGAAGUUGGCUGACAGCAUUGUGGGUAUAAAGAACUUGACUUCAGCAAUCCCUGACUUUUAUAACUAUCAUUGGGGACUACUAAAUGAUCGCUUAGAAAAUGGAGGAAACAGAACAUUCACUAAAUUUGGAAUGAAGAUCUCUCUCACGUUUGAUUGCACCUACGAACUUCAAUAUGGUAAAGAACAUAGGUGCACUUCAACAGCUAUUACGAGCAGGAAAUCUCAUCCAUUUGUUGCAAUUGUAGGAAUUUCAAAUGCAAAUCACCUUAAAUUUGUGUUUCAGGUUCAAAGCUUCAGACCAAAAGAUGACCCAGUCUCCACAUACAAUGGUAAACUAACAGAGGGUAAUUUUGAGCUUCGAUACAAAGCUAGAUGCCUUUAUGGAAAAGAUGUUCCAAGUAUUUGUGAUGUUGGUUUUGUGGUCAACAAUACAAAGGAGUGGGGUUCUUCCCCAUUUACAUUUACCGAAUCUAGGCAUAUCCAAUGGGUUGAUCGAUUUUAUUCUCAUAACUACAAAUUUAGUCUGAACAACUACCCAAUGCAAGUUGUUUUUGGUUAUAUCAUGUUGUCAAGAACUUGGGGACGCCUUGUUACGAAACCUCAAAUUGAAAGUACUCUGACAAAGAUCUUUCCAACUUUUCAGAACUAUACUUGGGCAGCUCCAUGUGCAACCAGUCAUUUAGCAGUACCGGUAACAUACACAAUUGGCAAAUCUUAUUUGAGCAACUUUGUUCCUCCUUCCAUGCACUCAGCAACAACCACUGGAUUCUUACAGAUUCGUGCUGAAGCAUAUGAUGGUACUUACUAUGCUAUGUGCCCUGCUGUUAAGUUAUACAACUGUAUAGGACAUUAUGUAUGUAUUGGUGGUGUGAAAAAUGGAUAUAAUCAAACAUAUGAUUGCAGUGAUUUUCCUGAUUGGGAAGGCACAGAGAGACACGCUGGAACAAGCAACAUUCCAGAUUUCCUUACCAGUAAGAACUAUGGCCAUUCUACUAAAGACAUUGAAUCCACCAUCAUGAUUUUUUAUCGUUAAAAGCUCAACCUACAAGUAGUCUCCUCAGACAGUGAAUAAACAUACAGUGGAAUAAUGUAUUACUCAAUUAGUGUAUUAUGUUGUUUUAUGUUAAUCAUCUUUUAGUUUGAUUUAUCUUUUCACAUAGCAUAAAGUCAUAAAAAAUGUGUAUUCGCCCCUUUUAUUCCUUGGACAUUGUUGAAGUUUAUAUGAUGUUAUUAUAGCACGCAUGUUUUUUUUAAAACUUUUUUAUUAGUAUGAUCUAAAAAUAUUUAAUACUGAUUUAUAAUUCUGCUUUUUAAACAGAAUGUUUACACACUCUUAUAGUCCAAUUGGAAUGUUAUUUUGUUUAAUAAAAUGGUUAAUUUCAUUAUA